CUGCACUGUGAUCGUAAUCAGCUGCUCUUGCAUCAUCGCUUUUGUGGUAAGGUUCUGAUCACGUGACGCGCAUUGGGCACCGUCUUUUAAUUAGCGAUCGGAGGAGUAUCUUGCGUGUAUGCAAUCGGAACAGCGUUUCGCAUGCUUCGGCAGCGGGGCUUGAAUUUUGAUGAUCUAUUUUUAUCACCGGGAGAGAUGUUAAGUAAACGCGGCCAAGAGUGCCCGUCUUGACGCAGACGAAUCACUCUUCUUUCGCCAUUUUCGCUGUCGUCUGCAGUGUGAGCUCGGCGCACUUUUCCUCGUGGGUUAGAGAGAGAUUUUUCUGAAUGUGGUGCGUGUUAUGUACGGUGGAUGUUGAUUGGCUCAGCGCGGGGAUUUGAGAAUAUAUUUAUUAUUUAAUCGGAAUUCCCAGCCGCAGUGUUUGUGGAUUGUUUGUCGUCCGCCAUGGUGCAUACCGUCGGUUUGCCGGAUGAUGCGCCAGCCAAGGAAUCUGCGAACCAUGCCGAUGGAUCUGUGGUAAAUAGCAGCGGUGAUAGCAAAGGCCUCUCGGUGGACAGCAUGACCAACGGCAGCCACGAUAAUCUGGCCGUGCCGCCGGAUGAGAGCUCAUCCCGUGAAUCUCCCGGUCCGCCCAACAGUGCCUCCAGUCCCACCCAGCCGCCGACGGCGACGUCGGUGUCCGACGCCAAUCUGCGGGAAAUUUCCCACUAUCUGCCGCUGUACGUGAUUCCUCUCUCCAAUCUGGAGAACCUGACCAGUCUGCAGCGGCUGCAGGGCGCCGAUGGCGGGGAGGGCGGGGCCGCCGGCGACUCCGCUGCCGGCCCGUCGGAGGUCCCGGUGUGCCAGGAGAAGCAGAUUCUGGUGAAUAUUUCCGUGCCUCAGGGAACGGGUGAUGAAACCUUUCAGUUGCCGAUGAACAGUGGUGAUUUGGUGCACGAAAUCCGGUUGGUGCUGAGUGAUCGGGAGUCGAGCUGUCACCGGACGUGCUACUCGCUGCAAGUGGACGGGACUUCCAUUGAUUUAUUUGCCGAGAUCAAGCAGUACGAGCAGAUUAAGGAUGGAUGCACGAUUCGUCUGGUGGAUGAGCCUUAUACGCCGCUGGAGGUGCGACGGCAUGUGCGGCAGUUCCUGGAUUUGCAGAAUCCCUUGGACAACGAAACGGCAUGCCGUAAUGAAGAAGGUCAAGCGCCGUCCUUCCUGAUUCAGGCUACCUUUGAAGUGGAAAAUAUCCAGCAAAAGCACGGUGCCAUUGAGAAUCCGGGCGUGUUUGAUCCGCCGGAAUAUUGCCGGGCGGAUGUCAGUGACGUCUCACUGGCCCAUCUCAUUCCCGGCGUGGAGGAGCGGCAGGCUAAAUGUCUGAAACGACUGGAACCAUCCGGCUGGAAUCCGCCGCAGGGUAAUCGCCGCAUGAAGGGCGAUCUGUACUAUUACUACGCGGAAACCCUGGAGGAAAAGAAAUUCCAUCUGACGGCCGGCGUGGCGGGCUUUUUUAUCAACAAAUCGACGGAAUCGGAGUUCAAUCCGGAAGCGGAAACCAAAGCCGUGUAUCAGACGUUGGUGGAUCUGUUCCGCGAUGUCAGUGCAGGGUUCAAGCGCAAUUACAACGCGCUGAUUAAACGCCGCUUCAAAGCCAUGCUGACGCCCUUUGCCCGGGUGGCACUCAGCCGACCAAACUACCUGUGGGUGGUGCCCAAAGUGAAGCCUACAUGGGAUUUCUUCCGCUGGGAAGAUUCUUUGCCACAGUCGGAAUUGUUCUGCUCAAAAGGAUACGAAGAUGUGAUCCCGUUUCAGUGUCGUGAUUGGAAUGAGGAACUGCAGACGUUUCGUGAUUUGCCGCAUAAUACGCCUCAGGAAAUUAACCAAAGAGAACGCUCACUGAUGCGAACGCAGUUUGACUUUAUCCAAAUGGCCGUCCGGGGCGCCAAGGGCGUGGUGGACGGGAGUAUUUCGCCGAUUAACCCGGCGGAUGAUUAUCGCAGUCAGCUGUUUAUCUGGAACAACAUCUUCUUCAGUUUGGGCUUCGAUGUCAAGGAUCAUUUUAAGGAUCUCGGCGGUGAUGCCGCGGCGCAUGCUGCUCCGAAUAAUGAUUUACUGGGCUUGAAGUUUUUGACGUUUAUUCCCUCGGAUGAGAAGCUGUACACGCUGGGCACCGCGGUCAUUGAUUAUCGCGGAUACCGGGUCACCGCGCAGACAAUCAUUCCAGGUAUUCUGGAGCGGGAACAGGAGAAUGCCGUUCAGUAUGGCUCCGUGGAUUUCGGUAAGACGGUGCAGUAUGAUGAGGAGUUCGCGAAGCGACUGCAGACGGUGGCCAAAUGGUUCCAUUUGGCACCGCAUAUGAUUCGCAGUGGAGACGGCAAAGAAAUGGAACUGACAACUUCCGUUGAAUUAAAGGGAAUCGUUGGUAAUGACAAGCGGCAUUACAUUCUGGAUUUGAUUCGUAUGUUCCCGCCGGAUAUCCAUUUUAUGGAUGGUGUCGCGACUGGCAAGGAUGUGUGUGAGGAAGCCCGCAGAGAAGGCUAUCCGCGGAAAUUCCCCCAUAAACUGCCGUCAUAUCGGCCGGAAUUGGUUGAUUCCUAUCUCAUGGAAAAACAGGAAGCUUAUGAAAUGCGCAUGAAUGCCCGAGCGCGACGGAAUCAGCGGAAGAAAGAGCUGCAGAGUGAAGAUGUGGUGGAGGACGCCGAGAACCGUCCCCCGGAGGCGGCCCCGGCUCCCCCGCCCGCCUCCCACCCCGAAACGGAGGCGGAGGACCCUGUGGAACCCGAGCCCAACAUCCGUUUCAAUCCGGACGUGUUCACACCAUCCGUGACGCAGGUGGACGCCAGCGGGACGGAGGUGGCGCAGCAGAAGGAGCAGAUUGUCAGUCUGGGCCGCUUCCUGCUGGCCCAGCAGAUCCCGGCGUUCGUGGCGGAGUUGACGCAGUUGCGCUACGAUCCCAUGCUGUCCGAGGGGAUCUUGGUGCGGCUGCGGAAUAAUUACGGGAUUAAUAUACGGUAUUUGGGACUGCUGGCGGACAAGUUGAAGGCGCGCGCGGAUUUGUCGUACCCACUGACGGUGAUUAUUGGGGAAUUAAUUGGCCGAUCAGCCAAACAUUUGUUCCGCCAGUACAGCCAGUCCGUGGGACAGCAGAAUUUGGCCGGGGCCGUCAGCCAUUUCCUCAAUUGCAUGUUCGGAUCCUGCCCGAGUCCGCAGGCCCCCACGCCGCAAAGUUUGGCCAACGUCCAGGUGCGGAAGCGGCGUGCCAAGAAGGGCGCCCAGGCCGAAGUGCACCGGCAGCAGUCCAUCGACUAUCGCAGUUUCACGCCCAAGACCCUGUGGUCGCGACUGAAGGCGGAUAUGGCCGAUUAUUACGGUUUUACGCUGGACGGUGAUUCCUGCGACACGGUGCUGGCGGCGUACAAUCUGCGGCGGGUGUUUUUACUGCGUCUGGUCUGCAAGAAGGUGGGCAUCCAGAUCGCGCAGAAGGACUACAAUUUCACCAAUAAACGGGCGCCGCCCUUCACCGAGGACGAUAUCGUCAAUUUGUUCCCGCUGGUCAAAUGCGUCAGUCCGUUGUUGAAAAUCAUUCACGAAGCACGGACACUGUCGGCGGCGGCCUUCAAGACGGGGAAUAUCCGCGGUGCUCUGGAUGUGCUGUCCGAGUGCCUAUCCAGUCAGAGUGUCAUCCAGGGCGGCAUUUCCAUGGAACUGGCGCUGCUGUAUUACGAAACGGCUCAGCUGCACUAUCUGUCGGAGGAAGUCGGCUUCGCUGUAUUGGAAAUGGAAAAGGCGUUGGUGUGUGCGGAACGAGCACGUGGGAUCGACGACGAGACCACGUUCCAGUAUACGCUGGUUUUGGCGGUGAUGCUGUAUCAUCAUGAGAACCCGUUACUAGGCCUACGUCUGGCCUAUCGCGCCCGCUACCUCCUCAAUCUGCUGAACCCGUCCACGGAAGCGCACGGCUUUCUCUUCCGCAUCGAUCUGUCCAUCGGCGUGAUGCUGCACGGGCUGCGCUACCACCAGCACUCGGUGGCCUUCCUCACCAGCGCCGUCCACGUGGCCGAGAAGCUGUACGGGCCCGAGCACCUGGAGACGGCGUUGGCGCACUACAUCCUGGCCCGCGACAAGGCCUGCCGCGGGGAAUUCCGCGAGGCUCUGCAGCACCAGAAAGUGGUGGUGGGCGUGUACAAGAAGAUCCUCGGCGAGACGGCCGUCAAGACGCUGGAGGCCUGCCAGAUCUAUGGCCAGCUGACGGAGCAGGGCGUCAAUUAUGCGCGACAGUUGAACGAGAUCCAGCGCAAGGGCGCCAAGGCCAUUACCUUCAUGCAGAACAGCUUUAUUUUGCCGCUGACCCACAUGUCCAUCUGCGAGAUCCUGUCCAUCAAGAACGACAUGCGCUACCGCGUGGCCAAUCUCACGCCGGGCCUGUACCUGUGCAGUUGCGCGCCCACCCCGGAAGCCGAUGUGCUCAACCAGGUGGCCGCCCUCCUCGUCAACUCUUCCAACAACGCCAACAACACUCCGGCCAUCACGGAGGAGAAAAGCGCGACGGCCGCCCUGGUCAAAACGCCGCAGGAAAACGGACACGAGUACGCGCCCUUAUCCACCGAGGAAUUGGACUAAAUUGUGCGUGAGGGAGGGGAUUUUAAUAGAUGUUUGCUGUGGUGGAUUGGUUGGGCGGGGUUAUGGCGUUCUUCUGACACAAAUGUUGUUGGUUUGUUUUACUUUGUUAUCGUGUUGGUGCGGCGGAAGAAGGGAGGAGGAGUGGAUUUGGUGAGAGGAUGGGCCGGAUGAGAGCGGACAGUGAGGAUGGUGGUUUCUUCGGUGUGUGGUGGAUUAUUUCGGCGGUGUGUGCGUGUGCGUGUUCCCUGUUUUUUUCUUCUUGUUAGCGUUUUUUUUCGAUGGGAAUGUGAGCGCUUUAAUAGUAAUGCACUUUGGAUGUGUGAUGGACGGCACCCCCCAGUUGUUUCUUUUUUUUCUAUUUGAUAGUAUUUUGCUCUGGGUUAAUAACUUAACUGAUCAGUUAAUAUUGGUCGCGCGGAUUGAUAAUAUUAUUGGGAUAAAAUUAAUGUGGUUCGUA